ACUGAAGUUCAAGACUUUAAUGCAUCCUAAUUUGGUUCUUAUGAACGACUGGCAAACUGAAAGCGACUAUAAUGUUUGGUUGGCAGAAAGAAUGAAGAGAACAUUCAAAUACUCCUUUUUUUUGGAUUCGUUAUCUCGCUCAAAAAUGAAGGCACUUUGAAAACUUUGGAUUUUCAAACUGAAAACACUGUGCAGGUAAAAUCGAUAAAGCUCAAUAGGUCGAAUUAUCUCAGUUUUCUUCUUGAGUGAUCAAAAAAAAGGGUGCCUACUAGUAAGAUUUGUAGACGAAAAGCUACAAAAACGCAUUUUCCGUUAAGCUGCUGAUUUAAAAUUGAGACUUUCUGCAGCGCGUUUAAGUCGCGUCAUAAAGGUCAAAUUUGGGAAAGCGAUCAAUAAGUUUUAUAAAACUCACAAAACUGUCCCUUUCUUCAAUAAGUCUCCUUCUAUUUUCAGUUGGAUCUCAAAAACAAAACAAAGUAGAAUAACAUGAGCAACAGUAUAGCAGCCAAACCUCGUAGUAUGACAGCUGGUGCACGUAAUGUGCUUCGUUCCAAUGAUUCUGCCAGUCUUUGGAAUUGUACACUUUCACCCGGCUGGACCGAAGAAGAAUCAGAAAUCUUGCGAAAGGCGUUGAUGAAAUUUGGCAUUGGUAACUGGGCCAAGAUUAUUGAAAGUGGCUGUUUGCCUGGUAAAACCAACGCACAAAUGAAUUUGCAGUUGCAACGUUUACUUGGUCAACAAAGCACAGCUGAGUUUGCUGGUUUGCAUAUUGAUCCUAAGGUUAUUGGACAGAAAAACUCACUGAUUCAAGGAAGUCAUAUUCGACGUAAAAACAAUUGUAUUGUAAAUACAGGUGGCAAACUUUCUCGUGAAGAACUAAGAAAAAGAGUGAUAGCUAAUAAGGAGGCAUACGAACUACCAGAAUCAGUAUGGAAGAAUAUUGAGCUACCAAAAGUAGAAGAUCCUAUAGUGAUUCUUGAACAAAAAAGAGAGGAAAUGAGACGAUUGAAAGCUGAAUUAGAAAAAGUACAAGAAAAUAUCAAAAAGAUGAAAGCUGUGCAUCCAGAUCGUAUGGAAAAAUUAAAGUCCGAGGUAGAAUCCAAAUCACCAGCAUCAACUACACCUAGUACACCUAAUACUCCUGGUACACCUAUCACACCAAGCACUCCAGAACCGUCAACCAUCAAAGACGAUGAGGAAGAAGAGGAACAAAGAAAUAACAAUAUGGAAGAGGAUGGACAGGAAGAGGAAGAGAUCGAUGAUCCCAUGUCAGAAAUACCAAAUACAGAUGAUGACUUUGCUAUGGCUUUAGCAUUACAACAGGAAGAAGAUGAAUUAGCGGGAGUAGCAGCAGAAGCACGAUCAGGGCGAAGAGGAAUUACGAAUAGUAGCAGUAGAAGAAAUCGAAUUAUUAUUGAUGAUGACGAUGAAGAAGAAGACAGUUAUCAAGACGAUGAUGAUGACUUUAACUAUACCAAAAAGCGAAAAGUAAUUCGUAAAUAACUAAUCUAUUGUAACCAUCCCUUUUUUUUUUCGCGCCUCCCCAUUCCCUUGAAUUAAAUGCAUUUAGAUCUAUUGUAAAUAAACACCAAUGAGUCAUUUAAAAACUAAAACAAAAUAUCAUGUUGA